UUUUUAUCGUGUUGUAGGUGUCGCGACUAUUAGUUGCGAAAGUCUCCAUGUAAACUGAAUUGUUUUUAUUAUUUUUUCAAUUGAAACUUAUAAGAAAAUUCCAAUUUACUUUAUACAUCUUCCAAUAUUUGACCCAUCUAGACUUCUUUAGUAUCUGUGAAAACCGGUUAAAGAAUAAAUUAGCAUUUAUUCAGUAUGUACGUACAAGUGUACUUAUUUAUGUUUUAUUACUACGUUGUUGAAGCUGUCAAAAAAUUUUCAUGUAUGUACACAUAGUGUUGAUUUCAAAAUCAAGUAUUUUAAUUUCCUAAAAUAUUUACAAAUGUCAACUUAACAUAAGUUAACUAGUCCUAUUAAUGAAAACUUGCUCAUAAAAAUGAUCAGUGGAUUCCAAAUAGCCUUGAAAAAUACUAUUGAUGUGAUAGCUCCUCCAGCAACACCGCUUCAAGAUUUUACCUACCAUUGGAAACAGUUGAUGAAAUUUUAUGCUAGUCAUAAAUCAAAUUGCAAAGUACCAAUCGAAAGUACAGGGAUUCCUCAACAUCUUAAUUAUUUAUUAGAAAUUCUUUUAAAUGAAGAAAAAGAAAGUGAUAACCCAGGCCCAUGUCUUGAAUAUUUACUACAACAUAAACUAUUGGCAUGGCUGACAACUUUAGCAAGUGUGGAAACACCUCCAGGAAUGCGUUUAGUAUGCUUGCUAUUCUUUAAAAAAUUAUUAGCACGUACAAAAUUUCCACUUCUUCAUCAAGCAGCAGUUUACGGUCCAGUUCUACGAUUAAUAAGUUUAUGUAGUGGACAUGUUCCUUCACCAAUUGAAGGAGAAGAAAUCAAAUUUCUUUUGACUUUAUGUUUUUUAAUAUGCCGGUAUCCUCAUUUAACAAAUAUUAUUAAUGAUUCUAAUAAUAUUCCUCAAGAAACGAAUGCAAUUAAAUGCGACGCUGAAAGAUUCGAUAUUCAUUCUGUCACUUACAUACCAACUAAAACAAAAAAUAACAUUAAUCCAUUAUUUGAACCACUUAAUACACAAGCUAUUACAUUGAUAAAUCCAAAUUUAUUUGCUUGUGAUAAUCAACGACGAAAAUCAAUAUGCUCCGAACGAUUAAAGCUGUUUGGCUCGGAUGCAAUGAUGAAAAAAAUUACUAAAGAUAGUGAUAAAAUAAAGGAAAGAUCAAAUGAGUCAACACCGUCACGAGUGAUCGAUAAUUCUUCAGAAUGCUCUAGUCCUAUGUUAGAUAAACAAAGCCAAGAUCAUGGAGUUUGUAAAGCUUUGGAUGAUCAUACUAACUGUGAAAGUUGUGAAAAAGUACCUAGUGAAGCUUCUUCAACAUUAGAUAUAGAAAAACAAAUACAAGGCCUCGAAGAAUUGGGAGUAGCUAGUGAUUUUAGUCAAAAUAAUGAUAUCAAUAAUGAUGAGUCAGAAAAACAAAAUGAAUUAAAUUCUCUUGAUAACAAUAUUUCGAGUAACCUUCUUUUAAAUGCCUUAAUAAGCUAUUUAAAUAGUGCUGAUAAUACUGUGAGAGUAAGAGCCUGUGAAGGAGUAAUGGUUUUAGCAACGUUAGAAGAUCCAUCAUUCGCUAGUACAAUGGCUAAAAGUGAUUUAUCAAAAGUAGUAGCAAAUCGCUUAGAAAACUUAUUCAACUCUAUCCCAGCUCACGUUGAUCCUGCUGAGUUAGAUGAGAUAGAUUUUACGUGGGGACUUGAUUCACCACUUUGGACGAAUGAUAAAAAAUUUCCUGGUUGUAGACAAGUAGCUGCGUAUUUUAUGUGGCUAGAUUACUGUGAUCAACUAAUAAAAGAAGCACAUCCUGAUGUUGCUCAAGCUCUUGGAAAAAGUAUUAGGAUACUAUUUUUUGAAAAAGUAUUAACUCCUGCUUUAACUAAUCAUCACGUAGUACUUAUUACUGCACUUAUCACAGAGACUUUGAAAAAAAUAACAUCGUCCCUGUUAAAUAUUGAAGUAGGCUAUUGGCUAGUUGGUGAACAACGAGAUCCAGUAAUGACAGAUCCAUGUGCCAUAACUGUUAUAGAGAGACUUAUAGAAAAUUGCUAUACAGAAAGUGAUGACCUCAUUUUGGAAACAUUAAAAUUAUUUGAAGAAAUAAUAGAGAAGAGAAAUGAACAUGUUUUACAUUGCAUGAUUUUUUCUUUUCUGACGUCGCGUGGAUAUUAUGAUAAUGCUGCUGCAGAUAGUGUAAUAGCAUCCUGGAGUGAUGAAGAAGAUGAAAGAGAAAGAGAAAAAAAAGGAUCUUUAGAUUUUUCACAGGAACAAACUUAUAGUAGAACGUUAGCUCCCAGCAAUAUUCAUAGAAUAAUAAAUUGUUUCUUAUCUCUCAUGCCACGUCAACUACAAACAGAUCCUGGAGAAGAUAAUUAUGAACGUUACAUGUUAGAUUGGGAAAAGCAAUAUAUUCGAGUGAAAAUGGACUGUGCUUUAUUUGCUUGGCCAUUAGAAGCUGUUUCAAUAGAUGAUUCUGGAAGUUAUGAUUCGCGACCAGAAGCUGAUCAUUGUUCAUCACGUUUUUAUGUUGGUCCAUUUAUAUGUAUGCUUCUUGAUAAAGUCAGCAACAUUCCAAAUCAAAAAUAUGAAAUGAAUCUUCAAUUGACUGUAGUUAUAUCAAAAUUGGCACUUCUUCCACAUCCAUAUCUACAUGAAUUUUUACUGAAUCCACUUAUACCAUUAGCACCGGGUACAAAAAGCUUAUUUAUUUGUCUUCAAAAAAUAAUCAAACAAUUAAUAAGUGAAGUCACAAAAAUAUCCAAAUAUAAAGAAAUUUUAAAAGAAACUAGAAAAAAACUAUUAGAAGAUUCUUCUCAAGAACCAGUUAAAACGAAUAUUCUAUACGAGAGUAUUAUUAUAACAGAAGAAUUUUGUAAGGAACUUGCAGCAAUUGCCUACGUUAAAUAUCAACAUUCCAUGUGAAAUAGAACAUGUACAUAAUCUUUUGAGAAUAAUGAAUAACCAAAGCAACAUGUGUACCUUAUUUAUUGUACAUAAAAUGUAUUUAAAA